UCCUGAGCGAGGGCACAGCCUUUACUGCUCGCUCGCUCACUAGCUCGCUCUCGCGCCCCGCGCGUGCAUUUGUACUGAGAAAUGCCUUUCCGCGCGGCGAUUGUGAAGCUCUUCGGCGCUUCUUCAAAGCAGAGCUCUUCGUCGACGUCCGGCGGGAGCACUACUUCGGACAGCAUCGCGAUGACCGUCGAGGUGGUAUCUCCUUUGAGAGAUGCGCAUUGCAGCUCCUGCAGUUUGCCGCUAUCGCGCAAUGCCUGGCAGACUGGCCUUACAUCGCGGGCAGAUGCAAAAAGUGUGGACUCGAUGCCAGCUGCGGACGACGCGGCCCUGCCGCAGGCACGCCUGCCCUCGCACACAUCCCCGCAUCGGCCGCCCACCGCCCUUGGGCGCAACACCACCCGCAGCGCCUCUCUCAGCUUUGGUGAGCCCUCACCGCUCGUCCGCGGCGGCAGGGCCAUGUCGGUCCUGUCCUUGUCCACCCCGCCGGACUGCGCUUUCCCAGAGGCACCGGCGGACUCGCCGCCGGCGGCUGCUCGGGAACGCUUCAUCCAUGACCGCCAUGACCGCCAUGACCAGCGGCAGCCGCAGCCGGGGCUGGAGCCGGGGCCGGGGCCGGAGCCGGGGCCGGUGCAGCAGCAGGAGAAGCAGCCGGAGCAGUGGAAUCACUGGAAUGGCACGGCAGCUAGGGCCGCCUCGGUCGCAUCACUCUUGAACAGCGGGGCGGCGGCGACGGGGACCUUCGGCAGUGGCAAUGAUGGGGAUGAUGACGGCGAUGACUGCACCAUCGACGACGACCUCAACGCCCCUGCCGGGGAUGGCGGCAGUAGCAGCCUCACCUUCUUAAGCAGUUAUGGCGGCGGCGGCUACUGCUGCUGCCGUAACAGCCCCACCGUCGCCGCCAGCAGUGCAACCACCAGCACCGCGCUCCGUAGCGGCGGCCUUGGCGGCGGCAGCGGCGACCUCCAGAGCGUGGCCCCACAGGAGCAGGAAACCCCGGGUGACUUUAUGUGGCUGGAUUUGAAUGACUCGCCGCCGCCGCCGGAUUUUGAGCACGUGCUGGGACUGAUCACCAGCAGCACACCGCCGUCGCCGCACCAGCAGCAGCAGGCCAGCAGCAGUUCCAGCCGCCGCCGGCUUGGGCCGCCGCCACCGGUGUGGGAGAUGGCCGAGCGCAGCCUCGCGCUCAUGCUGCUAGCCAGCAACUCCAAUGCUCCACUGACGGCGGUAGCAGACGACACCACCACAGCCGACGCCUCGGCGUUUCCAUCCACUACUACUGCCACAGUGUCGGACACCGCCAGCAGUGACGGCACCAGCUACUCCAGUGUUUCAUCAACCGCAGAAGACCGCGAGCAGCGCCCGCAGGUUGCACGGGCCGCCUUCGCUGCAAAGCGGCAGCCGCUGCCGCCACUGCUCAUCCCGUAUGGCAGUAGUCAUAACACCAGCAGCUAACGGUUCCUCUCCGCAACUCACCCGCAGCCACCACUAGAGGAAGCAGCAAGCAGCGGCCGUCGCCCGCCGCCGCAAGCUAUGGCCCGUGCCUGGGGGCCGCGGGGCCGCUGCCUUGCAUCUGGCAGGAUGUGCAAGCAUGGAUGCGGUUGACCAAGUUAGAGUGUGUGUUACUUCUGCACGAUUGUAUGUCCAACACUGAGCUUUGGACUUGCAGCUUACCUUGACACGUGCGUAGUACACCUUGCGGGAUGCAGCGGUAGGCAGGGCGUGUUGAGGGUGCCUCGCUGUGCCUGCCUGUCGAGAACUUAUUUAUUCAUUUGAAUGGGGUAGAGGACGUGGAUGGGAUUCGUGUGGUAAUGCAGCAAAUGCUUGGUUUCACUUGCGUACUUGGAUGGUACACCGCCGCUGCGCCGCAAGGCAGCGUGUGCUGUCCUGAGGGCGGGGGAGGGGGGAGAGGUCGCGUGGGAUCCCUAGUCGAUCGGAUUUCCGGCGCGCCCCAGUCUCCCUUCACCCGGGGUGUGUAACUGUGUAUGGUAACGUGCCGUACCGUACGCACAGGUUGGCUGUCUACUGGGUUCAUUAGGUGGGCGGCCAGGCCAGGGCAGGUGACUGCAAACUGCAACUAAAGUUCUCGGCAUAGAGAGGUGAUGGCUGCUGUAUGUGGUAGUUCAGUAGUUGCGGUGGUGCGUAUUUUGUUUACGCCGUGCGUGCUCGCAUGUGUUUGCGUGUUGGUGCAGUGAUUGGUUAUUGCUGGUGUGUGAGCGGCUGCUUAAGUAAGGAAGACACGGGUAAGGUAGGUAGGGUGUGCAAAUGGUGUGGGGGAAUGUAAUGUGGUUUUGACUACUGGCCGGUUGCAUCGGGGCAUGGAGCUGUCAGUGCCUGCUGCCUACCUGGCGAGCGCGGGUACGGCAUGUAUCAUACACUACACGCACACGCUUAGCGGAGUGCUGUCGAAACGCGAACGCGAAUGUGCUCGACACGAAGAGACGUUGUAGUCGCUUCUCUCAAUGGCGCUCGACUUGUAAUGUAUUGAGGGA